CCAUUAUCAUCAUUAUCACAUCCAUUCCAUCUCCCUAAAACUAAGAAACAAAGAAUCCAUAUCUGUCUCUUUGGUCCUUUACCCUAACCCCCCCCCCCCCAUGCUUAAGAUGGAAUAUACUAGUGAAGUAGCUGCUCAAUCUCCUUCGCCUAAGUCUUCCAAUUCAUCGUCUUCUCCUCCUCCUCCUCCUUCUACAUCCGUUGUUAUUAGCCCUUGCGCCGCUUGCAAGAUCUUAAGGCGCAGAUGUGCUGAAAAGUGCGUCUUGGCACCUUAUUUCCCUCCCACUGAGCCUACCAAGUUUACCAUUGCUCAUCGUGUCUUUGGUGCUAGCAACAUUAUCAAGUUCUUGCAGGAACUUCCAGAGUCCCAAAGGGCUGAUGCAGUAAGCAGCAUGGUGUACGAGGCGAGUGCCAGAAUCCGAGACCCGGUUUACGGUUGCACCGGGGCGAUUUGUCAACUGCAAAAGCAAGUUAAUGAGCUCCAAGCACAACUAGCCAAAGCUCAAGCUGAAGUGGUGAACAUGCAGUUGCAGCAAGCCAACCUGGUGGCUUUGCUUUGCAUGGAGGUGGCACAGUCUCCUCAACAGAAUCCCCACCAACCCAUCAACGAUUUCCUCAGCAACAGCCCACAAAGCUACCACAGCAACCCUAGUUUCUUGGAUGACAACAACUUAGGUUCAUCAUGGGAGCCUCUCUGGACAUGAAGCACUCAAGCUUUAUAUGCAUAUGUUUAGAAAUUUUAUGAAAAUGAAACUCUCCCAACUCUAAGCCAAUGGCUCCAAAGAAGGAGAAGUUGAAGGAGAUUAAUAAAAUUAACUUGGUAGUAGAUGGAAGUUUAGGGUCUAAUCACUUUGUUAAAAUUAAGUAGUAGUAGAUUUGCUGUUGCUUCUGUUUUUUUUUUUUUUUGGAUAGUCCCGGGAUGUUGGCAUGAAGUAGAUAUGUCUUUUUCCUCCAUGUAAUUUGCUCCCAUGUUUGGAGAGAAAGAGAAAUAUGUACUCCAUUUUUUUCUUCCUAAACUUUAUAUUUGUGUUCUGAUUUUUGAAAUUAUAACAACUUUUAGGUCACCUACUAUGAUUACUUAUAA